CACCCGAGUCCUAGGGACCCGCGAGCCGCGCCCCUCUGCUCGGACUCGCCGGACUGACCGCGAUGGCCUCGGAAGUGGUCUGCGGGCUCAUCUUCAGGCUGCUGCUCCCCAUCUGCCUGGCAGUAGCCUGUGCGUUCCGGUACAAUGGGCUCUCCUUCGUCUACCUCAUCUACCUCCUGCUCAUCCCUCUGUUCUCAGAACCAACUAAAGCCACCAUGCAAGGACACACAGGACGGCUGCUGAAGUCUCUGUGCUUCAUCAGUUUUUCCUUCCUGUUGCUGCACAUCAUAUUCCACAUCACGCUGGCGAGCCUGGAGGCACAGCACCACACUGCAGCUAGUUACAACUGUUCAACCUGGGAAAAGACAUUCCGACAGAUCGGCUUUGAAAGCUUAAAGGGAGCUGACGUGGGCAAUGGGAUCCGAGUGUUUGUGCCUGACAUCGGGAUGUUCAUCGCCAGCCUGACCAUCUGGCUUGUCUGUAGGAACAUCGUCCAGAAACCAGUGGGUGAAGAAGCAGCACAGUAUAACCCAGAGUUUGAGAAUGAAGAAUCGGCUGGAGGAGAAAAAAUCGACUCAGAAGAGGCUCUGGUCUAUGAAGAGGAUUUAGACGAAGGAGAUGGUGUUGACGGCCGCUUGGAAGAAAGCACAAAAUUAAAGCUCUUCCGCAGGCUGGCCUCCGUAGCCUCCAAGCUGAAAGAGUUUAUCGGCAACAUGAUAACCACCGCGGGGAAGGUUGUGGUGACAAUUUUACUGGGUUCAUCAGGAAUGAUGCUGCCGUCUCUGACCUCCUCCGUCUACUUCUUUGUGUUUUUGGGUCUGUGCACCUGGUGGUCCUGGUGCCGGACGUUCGACCCCUUGCUGUUCAGCUGUCUCUGUGUCCUGCUGGCAAUUUUCACAGCAGGACACCUGAUUGGUCUCUACCUGUACCAGUUUCAGUUCUUCCAAGAAGCGGUUCCCCCAGACGACUACUAUGCAAGGUUGUUUGGUAUCAAAUCGGUAAUUCAAAUAGACUGUUCCAGCACGUGGAAGAUCAUAGCAAACCCAGACCUGUCGUGGUACCACCAUGCCAACCCCAUCCUCCUGCUGGUGAUGUACUACACGCUGGCCACUCUGAUCCGCAUCUGGCUACAGGAGCCCCUUGUGCAGGACGAGAGGACCAAGGAGGAGGACAGAGCCCUGGCCUGCAGCCCAGUCCCCAUCACGGCCGAGAGAAGGAGAAGCCUGUGGUAUGCGACCCACUACCCCACAGACGAGAGAAAACUCUUGUCCAUGACUCAGGAUGACUACAAGCCAUCUGACGGCCUGCUGGUGACCGUGAACGGCAACCCCGUGGAUUACCACACCAUCCACCCCAGCCUCCCACUGGAGAACGGCCCCGCCAAGGCUGACCUGUACUCCACCCCGCAGUACCGCUGGGAGCCUCCUGAGGACUCCUCAGAAAAGAAGGAGGAAGAAGAAGAAGAGAGGGAAGAAUUCGAGGAGGAGAGGAGCCACGAGGAGAAAAGGAGCGUCAAAGUCCAUGCCAUGGUCUCUGUGUUCCAGUUUAUCAUGAAACAAAGUUACAUCUGUGCCCUUAUCGCUAUGAUGGCCUGGAGCAUCACCUACCACAGCUGGCUGACCUUCGUGCUGCUGAUUUGGUCCUGCACGCUCUGGAUGAUUCGCAACAGGAGGAAAUAUGCCAUGAUCAGCUCUCCGUUCAUGGUCAUCUACGGAAACCUGCUGCUUGUGUUACAGUACAUAUGGAGUUUUGAGCUCCCUGAAAUUAAAAAGGUCCCAGGAUUUUUAGAAAAGAAGGAGCCAGGGGAACUUGCCUCAAAGAUCCUUUUCACCAUUACUUUUUGGCUACUGCUGCGGCAGCAUCUCACAGAGCAAAAAGCUCUCCAGGAAAAGGAAGCUCUCCUGUCUGAGGUCAAGAUCGGCAGCCAGGAAGAUGAAGAAAAAGAUGAUGACCAGGAUGUGCAUGUGGAUGGGGAGGCCCCAGAGAAGGAGGACGAAGAGAUGACCAAGGAGGAGAAGCAGGAACUGGAGGAGGAGGAGGAGGAGGAGGAUGACCAGGACGUCAUGAAGGUGCUGGGGAACUUGGUGGUGGCCCUUUUCAUCAAGUACUGGAUCUAUGUCUGCGGAGGGAUGUUCUUCUUCGUCAGCUUCGAGGGAAAAAUUGUCAUGUACAAGAUCAUCUACAUGGUUCUCUUUCUGUUCUGCGUGGCCCUGUAUCAGGUGCACUAUGAAUGGUGGAGGCGGAUUCUGAAAUACUUUUGGAUGUCAGUGGUUAUCUACACUAUGCUGGUGCUUAUCUUUAUCUACACGUAUCAGUUUGAAAAUUUCCCUGGCCUGUGGCAAAACAUGACGGGAUUGAAAAAGGAAAAACUGGAGGACCUUGGCUUGAAGCAGUUCACCGUGGCUGAGCUCUUCACUCGCAUCUUCAUCCCCACCUCCUUUUUGCUGGUGUGUAUCCUGCACCUGCACUAUUUCCACGACCGGUUCCUGGAACUCACUGACCUGAAGUCCAUUCCCAGCAAGGAAGACAGCACUAUCUACAGGCUGGCCCACCCCGAGGGAAGCCUUCCAGACCUUGCCAUGAUGAACCUGACCACCACCCUGGAGGCGUCGGAGGCCAAGCAGCUGGCCGGGCCCGAGGAGGAGAAGCCGGGGGGAUGCCUCGCAAAGGCCAAGAAGGGUGAGCUCAGCAGAGACAGUGAGGACGAGGAGGAGGAGGAGGAUGAAGAGGAGGAGACGUCAGAUCUGAGGAACAAGUGGCACCUGGUGAUGGACCGCCUCACAGUGCUGCUCCUGAAGUUCCUGGAGUGCUUCCACCGCCUGCAGACCUUCCUGUGGUGGGUCCUGGAGCUGCACGUCAUCAAGGUCGUGUCUUCCUACAUCAUCUGGGUGUCCGUGAAAGAGGUGUCUCUGUUCAACUAUGUAUUUUUGAUUUCCUGGGCUUUCGCUCUGCCGUACGCCAAGCUGCGCCGUCUGGCUUCGAGUGUCUGCACUGUCUGGACAUGCGUGAUCAUCGUCUGCAAAAUGUUGUAUCAGCUGCAAACCAUCAAGCCUGAGAACUUUUCUGUUAACUGUUCCUUGCCAAAUGAAAAUCAGACGAAUAUCCCCCUCCACCAGCUGAACAAGUCUCUGCUCUACAGCGCUCCCAUCGACCCCACAGAGUGGGUCGGCCUGAGGAAGUCGGCUCCUCUGCUCGUCUACCUGCGGAACAACCUCCUGAUGCUGGCCAUUCUGGCUUUCGUCACAAUCUACCGCCACCAGGAAUACUACCGCGGUCGAAACAACCUCACAGCCCCUGUGUCUAAAACCAUCUUCCACGACAUUACAAGGCUGCAUCUGGAUGACGGGCUUGUUAACUGUGCCAAGUAUUUCAUAAACUACUUCUUCUACAAGUUCGGGCUAGAGACCUGUUUCCUCAUGUCAGUUAACGUGAUCGGUCAGCGGAUGGACUUCUACGCCAUGAUUCACGCCUGCUGGCUGAUUGCGGUCCUGUACCGACGCCGAAGGAAGGCCAUCGCCGAGAUCUGGCCCAAAUACUGCUGCUUCCUGGCCUGCAUCCUCUCCUUCCAGUACCUGAUCUGCAUCGGCUUCCCACCCGCGCCCUGCCGAGAUUACCCCUGGAGGUUCAAGGGCGCCAGCUUCAACGACAACAUCGUGAAGUGGCUCUACUUCCCGGACUUCAUUGUGCGGCCCAACCCCGUGUUCCUCGUGUAUGACUUCAUGCUGCUUCUGUGUGCCUCCCUGCAACGGCAGAUUUUCGAGGAUGAAAACAAGGCCGCUGUGCGGAUCAUGGCAGGUGACAACGUGGAGAUCUGCAUGAACCUGGACGCGGCCUCCUUCAGCCAGCACAACCCCGUCCCCGACUUCAUUCACUGCAGGUCGUACCUGGACAUGUCCAAAGUGAUCAUCUUCAGCUACCUCUUCUGGUUCGUGCUCACCAUCAUCUUCAUCACCGGGACCACCAGGAUCAGCAUUUUCUGCAUGGGGUACCUGGUGGCCUGCUUCUACUUCCUGCUCUUCGGGGGCGAUUUGCUACUGAAACCCAUCAAGAGCAUCCUACGCUACUGGGACUGGCUGAUUGCAUACAACGUGUUUGUGAUCACGAUGAAAAACAUACUGUCAAUAGGAGCAUGUGGCUAUAUUGAAAAGUUGGUUCAGAACAGCUGCUGGUUGAUCCAAGCUUUCAGCUUGGCCUGUACCGUCAAGGGCUAUAAAAUGCCUGAUGAUGAUUCCUCAUGUAAACUACCCAGCGGGGAAGCAGGGAUUAUUUGGGACAGUAUAUGUUUUGCCUUCCUCCUGCUGCAGAGAAGAGUUUUCAUGAGCUACUAUUUCCUACAUGUCGUGGCGGAUAUAAAGGCGUCACAGAUCCUGGCAUCGAGAGGGGCUGAACUUUUCCAGGCCACUAUUGUAAAGGCUGUAAAGGCAAGAAUUGAGGAAGAGAAGAAGUCAAUGGACCAGCUGAAGAGGCAGAUGGACCGCAUCAAGGCCAGGCAACAGAAAUACAAAAAGGGUAAGGAGAGGAUGCUGAGCUUGACCCAGGAGUCAGGGGAAGGCCAAGACAUCCAAAAACUCUCUGAAGAGGAUGAUGAAAGAGAAGCAGACAAACAGAAAACCAAGGGCAAAAAAAAGCAGUGGUGGCGGCCUUGGGUUGAUCAUGCUUCCAUGGUCAGGAGUGGAGAUUAUUAUUUGUUUGAAACGGAUAGCGAAGAGGAGGAAGAGGAAGAAUUUAAAAAAGAAGAUGAGGAGCCUCCACGAAGGUCAGCGUUCCAGUUUGUUUAUCAAGCCUGGAUUACUGACCCUAAAACCGCACUCCGACAGCGGCGCAAAGAGAAAAAAAGAUCUGCAAGAGAAGAACAGAAAAGAAGGAGAAAAGGAUCUGGGGAGGGUCCUGUGGAGUGGGAAGACCGGGAGGCUGAGCCCGUCAAAAAGAAGUCUGAUGGACCAGAUAACAUCAUCAAGAGGAUAUUUAAUAUUUUGAAAUUUACGUGGGUCCUGUUUCUGGCAACUGUGGACAGUUUCACGACGUGGCUCAAUUCCAUCUCAAGGGAACACAUCGACAUAUCCACCGUCCUGAGGAUUGAGAGGUGCAUGCUGACCAGAGAAAUUAAAAAGGGUAACGUGCCGACCCGGGAGAGCAUCCAUGUGUACUACCAGAACCACAUCAUGAACCUCUCCAGAGAGUCCGGGCUGGACACCAUUGACGACGGUCCUGGUGGCGCUGCCGGAGCACAGAGCGCCCACAGGAUGGACAGCCUAGACUCACAUGACAGCAUCUCCAGCGAGCCCACGCAGUGCACCACGCUGUACUCGCGCCAGGGGACCACGGAGACCAUAGAGGAAGUGGAGGCUGAGCAGGAUGAGGAGGCGCCCACGGGCGCCCAGGACACUGAGUCCCCACAGGACCCAACAGAGGAUGGUGACAUGGAGGCCCCGCCAUCCUACAGCAAGGCAGUCAGCUUCGAGCGCCUGUCCUUCGACUCCCGGGAUGACUCGGCAGGCCAGACCCACAUGGCUGUCAGCCCUGAUGAUAGCCGCUCGGACAGGCUGGAGGCCAGCAUCCUGCCGCCCUUGACCCAUGAGCUGACGGCCAGCGAGUUGCUGCUGAACAAGAUGUUCCGCGAUGACGAGCUUGAAGAGUCGGAGAAGUUCUACGUGGGCCAGCCCCGCUUCCUGCUGCUGUUCUACGCCAUGUACAACACCCUGGUGGCCCGCUCCGAGAUGGUGUGCUACUUUGUCAUCAUCCUCAACCACAUGGUCUCCGCCUCCGUGAUCACCCUCGUGCUGCCCAUCCUGAUAUUCCUCUGGGCCAUGCUGUCCGUUCCUCGGCCCAGCAGGCGGUUCUGGAUGAUGGCCAUCGUCUACACAGAGGUGGCAAUUGUGGUCAAGUAUUUCUUCCAGUUUGGGUUCUUUCCCUGGAAUAAGAAUGUGGAGUUGUACAAAGACAAGCCGUACCACCCUCCCAAUAUCAUCGGGGUGGAGAAGAAGGAGGGCUACGUGCUCUAUGACCUCAUUCAGCUGCUGGCCCUCUUCUUCCACCGGUCCAUCCUCAAGUGCCAUGGCUUGUGGGACGAGGAUGACAUCGUGGACAGCGGCUCAGACCAGGAGGACUCGGAUGGCGAGCUGUCCGUCGGCCAGGGCAGGAGGGCCUCCUCCGACUCGCUCAAAUCCAUCAACCUGGCUGCGUCUGUGGAGUCUGUGCACGUGACCUUCCCCGAGCAGCCUGUGACCAUCAGGAGGAAACGCCCCAGCAGUGGCUCCCAGAUGUCCCAGGGGUCCAGCUUUUCCUCAGAUCGGUCCAAGAGAGGCAGCACAAGUACCCGAAACAGCAGCCAAAAGGGAAGCAGUGUUUUGAGCAUCAAGCAAAAAAGCAAACGGGAACUUUAUAUGGAAAAGCUUCAAGAACACUUAAUCAAAGCCAAGGCAUUUACCAUAAAGAAGGCCCUGCAGAUCUACGUGCCCGUCAAGCAGUUCUUCUACAACCUCAUCCACCCGGACUACAGCGCCGUGACCGAUGUGUACGUGCUCAUGUUCCUGGCUGACACCGUCGACUUCGUCAUCAUCGUCUUUGGCUUCUGGGCCUUCGGGAAACACUCAGCAGCAGCGGACAUCACGUCCUCGCUGUCCGAGGACCAGGUCCCGGGGCCGUUUCUGGUGAUGGUCCUCAUCCAGUUUGGAACCAUGGUGGUGGACCGGGCGCUGUACCUCAGGAAGACGGUGCUGGGCAAGGUCAUCUUCCAGGUCAUUCUGGUCUUCGGAAUUCACUUCUGGAUGUUCUUCAUCUUGCCUGGCGUGACCGAGAGGAAAUUUAGCCAGAACCUGGUGGCCCAGCUGUGGUACUUCGUGAAGUGCGUGUACUUCGGGCUGUCCGCCUACCAGAUCCGCUGCGGCUACCCCACGCGCGUCCUCGGAAACUUCCUCACCAAGAGCUACAACUAUGUCAACCUCUUCCUCUUUCAAGGGUUCCGCCUUGUUCCUUUUCUGACGGAGCUGAGGGCCGUGAUGGACUGGGUGUGGACAGACACGACCUUGAGCCUGUCCAGCUGGAUCUGCGUGGAGGACAUUUAUGCACACAUAUUCAUCCUAAAGUGUUGGCGGGAGUCAGAAAAAAGGUACCCGCAGCCCCGGGGGCAGAAGAAGAAGAAGGUGGUCAAGUAUGGCAUGGGUGGCAUGAUUAUCGUGCUGCUCAUCUGCAUCGUCUGGUUUCCCCUGCUCUUCAUGUCUCUCAUCAAAUCAGUCGCCGGGGUGAUCAACCAGCCCCUGGAUGUCUCGGUCACAAUUACCCUGGGCGGGUACCAGCCUAUUUUCACCAUGAGUGCCCAGCAAAGCCAGCUGAAAGUUAUGGAUCAGCCCAAGUUUAAUAAAUUUAUGAAAGCUUUUUCUAGGGACACUGGUGCUAUGCAAUUUCUGGAAAAUUAUGAAAAAGAAGACAUAACAGUAGCAGAACUGGAAGGAAACUCAAAUUCUUUGUGGACCAUCAGCCCCCCCAGUAAGCAGAAAAUGAUAAGCGAACUCAUGGACCACAAUAGUAGCUUCUCUGUUGUUUUUUCAUGGAGUAUUCAGAGAAACAUGAGUCUGGGUGCAAAAGCAGAAAUAGCAACAGAUAAGCUUUCUUUUCCUCUUAAAAAUAAUACACGGAAGAGUAUCGCUAAAAUGAUAGCUGGCAACGACAUGGAAAGUUCCACGACGCCGGUGACCAUAGAGAGGAUUUACCCGUACUACGUGAAAGCCCCCAGCGACUCAAACUCCAAGCCUAUAAAGCAACUUCUGUCUGAAAAUAAUUUCAUGAACAUCACCAUCAUUUUGUCCAGAGACAAUACGACGAAGUCGAACAGUGAGUGGUGGGUUCUCAACCUGACUGGAAAUAGAUUAUACAACCAGGAAGCCCAGGCCCUGGAGCUGGUGGUCUUCAACGACAAGGUCAGCCCCCCUAGCCUGGGGUUCCUGGCCGGCUACGGCAUUAUGGGAUUAUAUGCUUCAGUUGUCUUGGUGAUUGGGAAGUUUGUCCGUGAAUUCUUCAGUGGGAUUUCUCACUCCAUCAUGUUUGAAGAGCUUCCAAAUGUGGAUCGGAUCUUGAAGCUGUGCACAGAUAUUUUUCUAGUUCGAGAGACCGGGGAGCUGGAACUGGAGGAGGAUCUCUAUGCCAAAUUAAUAUUCCUGUACCGUUCGCCAGAAACCAUGAUCAAAUGGACCAGAGAGAAAACAAACUGACGCCCCAGGCCACAGCCUGCAAGCCAAGUUAACCCGGGGAUUUUCAAAAGAAAAAGAAAAAAAAAAGAAAAGAAAAGCACAAUAUUCUCCUAAGAGCUCAGCAUUUCUCAUCCGAUGGAAAUGGUUUCUCUCCCGACAGGUGCACAGGGCGUGGGCUUCCUUCUGCGGUCGGAGCUGCCUGGCGAGUGAAGACACUGCUAGAAAGUUCCACGUAAUUCCAUUUCUCUGAAAUCAGGGCUAUGUGCUUUAUGUUUUAGUCCACGGGGUCUUGUGUUGUGUUGGAUGGACUAUGUGCAGGGGUUGUUUAUGGGUCUCGUCCCUCAGAGAAACAGAGCAGGAGACGGAGGAGGAAGGAAAGACUUGUCCUGAGGGACAGCGCCCUCCAGAAGCGAUGCUACAAUGCAGGGCUCUCUGCGCCCCAAUACACAACAUAAUGGGGGAGGGGGCUGAUGACUUCAACGCAUAUUUCUAGGGGAAGGAUGGAGGGAGCCAGUGACCCAUGGCGAUGCCAGUGGAAGGAAAAGCCUCAUUCUAAGCAAAAAGAUAACCUUAGUGACACUCGUACUGCCUUAUCUUAACCGAAGACUAAGAAAAUCUUUCCCUUAAACACCAGUGACUUCUCAGGAAAAAAAAAAAGAAAAAAGAAAAAAAAAAAAAAAGCAGCAAAACAAAUAUAUGGACGUGGCGUUGCUGAGGCCCAGCUGGUGACUCAUUCCCAGGUGGUGGCUUUUCUGGUUCAGAGAGUUACUGCCCCACCCCCACCUCUAUGAAGCCCAGACCCCAGAGGGAGGUGACAGAUGCCACCCGGCUGGAGGGGGGGGGUCCCUUGGACUUGUCACUCUUACAACCAAGGUCUGAGCUCUCCUCCACACCCCCCCACCCCUGGCUUCCUCCCAUUUCCAUGACUCACCGCAGUGGUUUUUCCAGUAUGUGACAUUUUCUCCCUGUUUUUCAGGUAUAUCAACGAGUUUACAUAUUCCAAUCCACAUUUUUACAUCUGAGACGGGUUUUUUAAGUUCCUAAUUAUGAAAGAAAUAUGUAUAUUGCGCUUGGGGAAAUAAAAAAACGGCCUUUUCUUAAAUUAUUAUUAUUGAUCAUACCACCUCUUCAUUAAGUAGCAAUGUAGCAUGACAAAUCCAUGAUUGAAAUGUAGUUUUCAUUCCAUAUUAAAAUACAGUUUCUGAGAAGAAUCACUGAAUGGCCUAGAAUAUGUCCCAAAAAAUGAUCUUCUGUAGUUUGGGUUCAGGACUGACUUAAAAUAAAGCACAUCCUGCAAAGUCA